CGGAUGAAGAGCCGAGCCUCUCAGCCUAGCCUCCAUACGGAGCGUGUUUUCAGGGCCCAGGGUUGUUGCUGCUUCUUGGCAUGCCGUGACAAGUUUUGCGCGACCAAGCGCGAUGCCAAGCUAAGAAGGCAUCCUAACUGCUGAAGGAAGAGUGCGGCCUCGUAUCUUUGAAUAGUGAGACGAUUAGACAACGCCCAAGGCUGUCGCUCAUUUCCUGCAGAUCAGGAACGCGCUCGAUCACGGCGGGGCCAGGUGAGGAGCGUGGCUGAGAUGUCAUGCAAUUAUGCUAGCAAGGCCAGCCAACCACAAUGGCGCUCGUACGGGUAAGUAACCUAUUCAGGAUGGCAAGCUGGGGGAGUCGCUGAAUGACUCGAUGCGGCUGUUUUUUGUCAUUUAUCCUAGGGGCCAGCCUGCCACUCAAUGAGAAGCGCGCUCCGCCAGCGCGAAUGCCUUCCGCUUUUGUUUGUCCGCUUGCUUGUCUGUCUCUGCUGCCCCGGCAUGAAUACCGUACAGGCUCAAGCAUUCAAUGCCGUGGGCAUGGGGCGCGCGGAGCUGGGGAUCACCCUUUGACAGGACUCGGGACGGAGAGUACUUGUACGGAGUACAUGAGCUCCAUAGGGCCGCUCCAUAGCAUCGCUCGGCCGAUAGCUGUACCUGUACAAGUGUCAACUGGCGCGGCUGCCGAUAUCCGCGGUAGGAUCUGCAUGCAACAGGCCCUGUUCGCAUAUUGGAGGGGAUGUACGGAGUAGCACUGCUCCAUUGUUGUAUAUGCCUGUACAAGUAGCAAGACGGCCGCUAAGUUCUGACUGGCUUCUCGAAGACGAGGAUUCGGGGAUCAGCAGCGUCAGCCAAAGGACACAUGUCGAUGCAAGGUUCUGUUCUAAUUCUGCUUACUCGUACUGGCUAGUGCUCGUACAGGCAGAAAAACUGAUGCAGAGAUCCAAGCGGGAGAGUUUUUCCGGCUCAGGGUUCCCGUUUGAUUAGGUAGAUAGGCGAGGCCGCAGGAUAAUCACCGCCACUGGACGGUACGGAUACAAGUGGGCGCCUGGCA